AAGUAUACCUGCCGUCGGAAAAAGAACGGGGUUGUUGUUUAAAAAUGUGUAUUGUAGUAUAUGCCAUGGCGAACUCAGCGUAACGUAUUAUAAUGUGAAAUAUAUUUGUGAAUUUCCACCUUUGGAAUUUGAACUUCAAAAGCAUUUACCCCUGAGGGAUGGAAAGGAUGUUACACCCACACGUAAUAGUAAGCCCACAACGACUCAAAGCACUUUAAAUAUAUCGGACAUAGCUCGCGUUUGCAGUUGGAAAAUAGUCGAACCAGACUUACGAAAUGUAAAACACUUUUCAAAGCACUGUAUUUACCAUACAUCAAAGUGUCAAGAUAAACACAGUAUUUACAGGCAAGAAUGUGAGGACGUACCGUUCGUCUCUUUUGUUUAUGCAUCGCAUCGUGUCAUCUACAAGAACAAAUUCUGUGCGUUUUGUAACGGGCUUAACGAGAGUGACGUUACUUGCACUAUCAGAAGUCCCCUUGUGUUUAGUAUGACAGACGUAGCCUUUGGGGUGGGUGAAGGCGGAUUGCCUUAUUCCGUUUUAUUUGAUCCAAACGCAUUGUCGUUUCGAGCGUCUGGGAGAGAUAUUGCCACUAAAAACUUUAAGAAGUGUUUACAGGGGCAGGUUUUUGAUGUUGUGUCAGAAAGAUGUCGGCAGCUUCUCUGCAGCACGAACGAAAAACUGGUCGGUAAUAUAUGUGUCAGUGUUGAUAGCGAGGAACCUACCCACUUAAAUGACGACAAUGGAGCUGCUUCAGAUACUACACAGAAUGUUACACGUAGCACCUGCCCGAAGUUAAAUUACACCGUCUACGUACAUUUUCAAAAUGACACUCUCUAUGUCAAUGCCACCGAUAGACUUUAUUUGCCAGAAUCUUUUGAAUUUCUCGAUGACGGAACUGUGCUCGUUUGCACUAAUUUGUCACAAAAUAUUUCAUAUGACGAAAACUUUGAGCCCUUCUCAUUUAGUUUUGAUGCCGCACAAGUUAUUUGUUCAACGGUUGGUCUGGUCAUUUCUACUGUUUGUCUCGGGCUUCUUUUAAUUAUAUAUUCACUGCUUUCGACUCUAAGGAAUCUUCCCGGAAAGAUAUUAAUGUGCCUGGUAGCCUCCUUGUUCGUUGCACAGACACUUUUCCUACUGAGCCCACUUUGGGGUAAAUUUGACACAGCUUGCAUUACUUUCGCGGUGCUAAUGCACUUCUCGUAUUUAGCAACGUUUUUCUGGACAAAUGUUAUGUCUUUCGAUAUUUGUUUUACAUUUUCAAAUGCAAGCCGUAUUUCAAAUUCAAGCAAGCACGCCAAGAAGUUUGUUUUUUAUUCUAUUUACGGGUGGGGUUCAGCGCUCUUCGUGACAUUAUCUGGGGUUGUUGUGGAUCGUAGCGGCGUUCCCUCAGAGUUCAAACCGAGAUACGGUGACAAUGGUGUGUGCUGGAUUACCCAGAAAUACGGACUUUUGAUAUUCUUCAUAUGUCCCGUCUCACUCUUGUUAUGCUUAGACUUGAUAUGUUUUGUCUUGGCGGUGGUUGGAAUUCGACGAGCUUCAAAAGCGGCAAGUUUCGCCAAAAAGACAUCCGAAAAACGGCGUUUAAUACUUUACAUCAAACUUUCGGCUGUAAUGGGCCUUACCUGGAUCACUGCUUAUUUUUCCAUGGCAACAAAAAUAAGUGAACUUUGGUUUCUUUUCAUAUUUCUCAAUACGUGGCUUGGGGUGUUUAUUUUUUUGGCUUUUAUAUGUAACAAAAAGGUGUAUAACCUUCUCAAAAAUCUUUUUGGCAUUAAGAGGAGAGAGGUAACAACAUCCAAAAGCAAUACCUUAUCAACGACAGUAUCUUCACCAAUAUCAAGUGUUACUAGGCCGAACACGAAGGAAAUUGCAGACAGAUGUACUUCGAUUUAACUGAUAGGCCUACUGGAAAAAAUGUAUUAAAUGUCUUGAGUAAUGAGGAUAGAUUUUGUGGGAUCAUGAUUCGUGUUCAUGCAAUGGAGUCUAUGCCCACGCAGUGGAUUGUCAAGCGUUAUGAACUUCUGUAGAGCUUAUGAAGUAAAAUGUAACAUAUUUCAUUUGAAGUGAAGGAUCUCUAUUCAUAUUCUACUCGGAUUGACUAUAACGCAGCAAGCAGGAGAUGAAGUGUGGAUUCCGUUAAUUUAGCGGAAGAUGUU